UUAUUUCAGAAACCUGAAUGCAGAUUGCAGAUUGCAGAUUCUACAUUUUUCAAGAUUUUAAGUCAAAUUUCUUUUUAAUUUCAAUGUUAAUUGGAAGUACCUUCGUAAGUUAGUGAUCUACGUUUCGUUAUCUGUUUGCUAGAUAAAACAAAUUAUAUUUUCAUUUUACUCCAUUUAAUCAAGAUAUUAUAUUUAUCUAUACUUGAGACUAUGGACGAUAAAGAUAUCAGUGAUAGUUCUGCUAAAACAGAAACAAUUAAAUCUGAAAUUAUUGAUUCUGAUCAAUUAGCUACCAUAGAAAAAAUAAAAGAUGAACCUUCUACAGUUGAUGAAGAAGACAAUGAACCAAUAACUAAUCCUGAACCAGAACCAGAACCAGAACCAGAACAAACAUCCAUUGAAGAUACUGAUAAGGUCAAAGAGCCCGAAAAAUUAGAAUUAGUUCCUGAAAAAACAUUGGAAGGUAUUGUAAAAGUUGAAGACACUGCAAUCGUAGAUAGUGAUCCAAUUCAACAAGACAGUGUUGAUGAUCAACCUACACCAGUAUCAGAACAAUUAUUAUCAACAUCAGAUAAUCUAACGGAAUCUGCAGUUCCUACUCAAGAUAAUUUAAUUGAACCAACUCAAGAUCAAAUUGUUCCAGUUAGUCAAGACGGUUUAAUAAAAGAGAGUCAACAAAUUAUUCCUGUCACCGAUUCAGCUUUGAAUAAUGAUAUAAAACUUGAAGAUAACGGAGUCGAUUUAGAUCAACAAUCAGUGUUAAGUAUGAAAGAUUCAGAACUGAAAGACUUGGUUAUGAGAGAGUUAUCAGAGUUCUUAACUGAUGAACCAUCACAAAAUGUUGGACCUCCUUUACUUGAAAUAAAACCAGAGUUUAUUAAAACUGAUGACCCAAUUAAAAUUGAAAAUCUUGAAAAUUCUUUAUGCAAGGUUGAAAAAGCAAAUCAGAAAGAACAGAAGAAAUCAGAAAAUGAUAUUGCUGAUGCAUUGUCAACAUUAGCAACUGCUGCUUUAAAUCAGGCUCCUCCUACUAAUGGAACUGCAGAAAGUGUAAUAUCAAAAUCUAUACAGCCAAUAGUACCAGCUAAACAAGAAGGACCAGCAUGGUGUGAUGUUGGUGUAAUUAAAGGUACUACUUGUUUGGUGAAACAAUUUUAUUCAACUUCUACUACUGAUGAACAUGAAAAUACUAGCUUAGAUCAUUUACCAGAUUAUACACAUAAAUUAAAAAUUGAUAUUCAACCGGGUACAGCUUACAAACUUCGGAUAGCUGCUAUAAAUACUUGUGGCCGUGGAGAAUGGAGUGAAAUAUCUGCAUUUAAGACCUGUUUACCAGGUUAUCCAGGUGCUCCAUCUGCUAUUAAAAUAACAAAAGCACCAGAUGGUGCUAGUUUAACAUGGGAAGCCCCUCCUACUAGUUCUGGAAAGAUUUUAGAAUAUUCUGUUUGUUUGGCUAUUAAAAAUCCUAAGGAUAUACCACACCAAAGUCCAAAACCAACUUCGACAAAUUUAAAUUUUGUUCGUGUGUAUUGUGGACCUCAUAAUGCUGCUGUGGUCAGUCACGAGUCACUUGGGGCCGCGCUGAUCGAUAGGACUAAUAAACCUGCUAUAAUAUUUCGAAUUGCUGCAAAAAAUGAAAAGGGAUAUGGACCAGCUACACAAGUUAGAUGGUUACAAGAUAGCAAUGUGCCAGGAUCAAAUAAGAAUCCUUCAAUGAAAAGGGAAAAGAGUGUUAAUCUUUUAACUGGGGUCCCCAAAAGGCCCAAAAUGUAAAAUAUCUACUGAAGUACUGUAAAUUAAAUUUUUCAUUAUUUUGUUUCAACCAAAAUGUUUUAGGGUUUAUUACUCGUAUAAUAAAAAAACGAUAUUGUAUUUACUUUAUAUGUUCUAAAUAAUGGUUUUAGAUGUACAUCUUAUUAGUUAAUACACCUGUAGUAUUAUGUAUUAAUGAAAUCGGUUUUCAAUUUUUAAGGGAAAUCAUUAUUUUUUCAUUAUUCAUAAAUAAACUAAUAUUUAUCUAUCAUUAAACAUAAGAUAUGACAAAUACAUAAUACAAAUUAUUUUUGUUUAAUAAAGUCAUUUUUUGUA